AUGCCUGUUGACAAGCAAGAGCGAGUGGUUGACACCGACAACAUCCAGGGCAGCAUCUGGCCUCGUCUCCCCAAGUUUGCGGAAUCAUACCUCUUCUUCAAGAUCACAGACAAAGGGAGGUUCCGAAAACACCUUAGAGAUAUUCUCGACAAUGGAGAAAUCACCACUGGCACUCAAUGCGAGAACCACCUGAGGUCAAUUGGGGAGUUUGAAGAGGCCUGUGCUAUAUCCCGACGUGAUAUUCCCGAAGACGACCGAAAGCCUUUUACAGCGGUGAAUAUUGCCUUUACCCAUAUGGGCUUGCUCAAGGUGGAAAAUCCGGGCGUUGAAGUGAAAUUUGCCGCGACCCUGCAAAAGGAUCGAGAUGCCUAUAGCACCGAUAGAAUCAACGAGGGUCUAUUCGAGAAAGGAAUGUUUGAUGAUCUUGUUUACGAAGGUGCCGAUAGCCCUCCUGCGUUGCAUGCCGACUUCAGAGCGCCUCCCGGGAAUGAAGAUAAAGGCGGACUCGAACGUUGGGAAUGGAGAGUGGAUGGCGUUUUCAUUGUCGCGGCGCACACUCCGAAAGCUCUACGUAAGAAGAUUUGCGAUAUAGAGGAUGCGUUCAGCGUGGGAGAUGCAAACAAGGCCAGCAUGAAGAUCGCUUUCCGGAGAGACGGCCAACAUCGUCCAGGUGCAAACCGAGGCAAAGAGCAUUUCGGUUAUGAAGAUCAUAUUUCUCAACCAAAGAUCAAAGGUCUGGAUGAUCCUCCAGCCAAGGGCGAACCUCAUGCCUGUCUACCUGGAUACAUCUUCUUGGGGCACAAAGGUGACCCUAAUAUGAAACGAGGCCCCGAAUGGGCGAAGGAGGGCAGUUUCUUAGUUUUCCGUCAGCUCGACCAGAAGGUUCCCGAAUUCGAAAGGUUCCUAGAGCAGGCGGCGCCGAAAAUCCCUGGGAACAACUAUGGGGGGCCCAAUGGUCCUGCGAAGCUGGGUGCUCAUAUGAUGGGACGAUGGAAAAGCGGAGCUCCUGUCGCCAAAGCCGUUGACGAAGACAACCCUAGCUUAGCCUUUGACAAUAAAUUCGACUUCAGACCCAAGAAGAGCAUAAAGGGCUGUCCGUUCGCGGCCCACAUCCGCAAAAUGCGUCCGAGAGCCGAUAAGAAGCGCGAUGUUGGGACAGAGGAUGACGGUGACAGCACUGAGCUUCCGGAGCCAGACAGCGAUGAGUCCGAGGCCGAAGGCCAGGAGGAAGAUGCUAGUGUCAUUCUCCGCCGUGGUAUCACCUUUGGCCCUGAACUCACAGAGCAGGAGAAGAGGGAGGGCAGGACAAUUGAAGAACGUGGGAUCUACUUUACCUGCUACCAGAGUCUUAUUCGGGACGGGUUCAACUUCCUCAUGACACGCUGGGCGAGCAAUUCCUCUUUCCCCGAGUAUAAGACCAAGACGUUCCCUGACGGACCUGGUAUGGAUCCCUUCGUUAAUCAGAGACUCCGUUUCGAUCACCCCCAGGGUCACAUCAGUCUGUACGACGGAAACAACUCGGAGAAGACGGUCAAACUUGAUCUUGGGAUUAGUCCAUGGGUUGAUCAGAAGGGUGGUGAAUACUUCUUUACUCCUUCUAUCAAGGCUCUGAGAGAGCAAUUUUCAACUGCUGUUUCGGACAAAGAAGAAGAAUCUCUUUCCACAAAACACCCGACUGUGCAAGAGUUACACGGAAGAAUCGCCCAGCUCGAGGACACCAAUAUGCGGCUGGAAAAAAUCACUCACGAGCGUGCCCAGGAGAUUGAGUCUUUGAAUGCCCAGCUUAAUGAGUCCCGGCAAGCGCAUCAGAAGCUUUUGGAGGAAACCGGCAAGCAAUCUCGUGCUAUCCUUGGAUAUGCAGGGUUUACGCGCUUGGACAUUCUAAACCAGUUGAACGACGCAGAUCUACGACGGUUAAAACAUGACGUCGAAGAUACUCUGGGCAGUCUGGCAGAAGAUGUGAACUGGAAGCAGUGGCAACGAAUUAUUCAUGAUCUGGACUCAAAAUACGGAUUCAAGUUAGUUUACGGCAAUGGAGGCCAUUAUGAGGGACAACACUGGAGAGAAUGGAAGGCGAUCCAGCAUUCGACAAGCCACUUUAAGUAUGACCGCACUGUGGCAUUUCGCAACCGCAUGGGCCAGUGGUGCAACAACAUGAAGUGGGAUGCAGCUGGUGGAGAUGCAGCUGGAUGUGCAUUGAUCUGGCUUACCUUUGUCAUACAGCUACAUGAUGUGUUGCAGGUAUACAAGCCAGAGGUGUGUUAG